AUGUUUGAUCCCAGCCUCGUCGAUAGUCUUUCCGCCAACUCCGAGGAGCGCGUAUUUAUACGACGUAUAGCUGAACAUAAACCGGAGCUUACAGCGGAGGACUGUGCUGGUUUUCCGGCUAAUCGACGGGCGGCUGUCCUAGUACUGCUCUUUGUACGAGAUGGCCAUAUUCGGGUCCUGCUGACCACUCGCUCAAAGUCGCUUCGUUCACACCCUGGGCAAGUCGCGUUACCAGGCGGACGUUGUGACCCCGAAGAUGGAAGCAUGGUGAAAACCGCAAUUCGUGAGGCCCAUGAGGAGGUCGGCCUAUCGUAUGAUCACCCUCAGCUCCACAUCCUCACCACGCUCGCUCCGUUUCUGUCUCAGUUCCGUCUGCUUGUCACCCCCGUCAUCGGAUGGGCAACUGGUCCCGAAUUUUUGCAGGAGUUGAAGGCAAAUGAGAGCGAAGUCGAUGAGAUUUGGGAUCAUCCGUUGGAGGCGGGCACGGAAGGGUGGCCAUAUGAGAGUGAUAUUUAUGAACCCUAUGACCGUGAAUGGAUGCGAGAUACCCACUAUCGUAUGCAUAGAUUCCGCACCGUCGCAGUACCGAUCAAGGGGUUGACUGCAGAUAUCCUGAUUCGUACUGCCGAAAUUGUUUACAAACGGCAACCCUCGUUCACGUUGAGGGCAGAUGAUCAACUGACUUUGGGGCUUCACUUAAGCGGCUGA